AUGUUAUAUCCCCCAAACUUUACCGAUGGAAUGGAAGAUGCCUUCAAACACCUUGAAUGGAACUAUCAAGGCCUUAAUGUCAAUGGCAAGUACAUGUUACACCUCCGAUUCGCGGAUGAUAUCGUUAUCAUGGCAGAGUCUCGGGAAGAUCUCAACCGAAUGCUCUUCGACCUUCAGAAAGUCUCAAAACGAUCGGCGAAGCGUUGGACGGCCCACUUGGGGACAGAUGACCUGGUGAGGGAAGUAAGGCGAAAAGCGCGGGGUAGCGGAUACUGGAAAUUUAAGUUAGAGGCCUAUGUCCUGCAGUGGUCGUCAACAGGCUGA